UCUAAAACAUAAUAGCCGGUAAAUGUAUAAUAAGUAUUAAUAUACAUACAAUAUACAUAUAAAAUACAUAAUCAGUGCAUAAGUUUUGUAUAUUUUGGCUAGCGGCCAUAAUAAAUUUUGGCCGGACGGACCAAAAAUGAAAAGUCCCUUUAAUAAACAAUGAUUGGUAACUUAGAAUUAAUGGUAAGUAACCUGCUAUAACAGGUUAAAUUACCCUAAUCAAUGGUGAAGCUACAUAGAGUGUAUUGGUCAUGCUCACGCACCCAUCGUCUUUUUUCAAGAAUAUAUUUUUUAUAUAGGAAAAUAGUAUUGGCAUACAAAUAGAUUGGUCGAGCACGCUUCUAUUAGCAACAAAUCUAAAUUAGGCAGAUGAGUAGUCCUGACUUAAAUUUUUUGGAUACACCACUGACACUUCUGAUAUAAAAUUAUUCUCAGUAGUGUAUGUAAGUUAUAAAUCCUAUAUGUUCCUGUUGGCAAUAGUCCGAAUUAUGCUGGUUAAAUUGGCAGCACAUGAAAUUAAAAAAAAAAAAAAAAAAAAAAAAAAAAAAACCUUUACAAGUUCCCAAAACAGCACUGAUGAUAAGCAUUACCCAAUGCUAACAGUGUGUACUUCUUGUGCAUUGGCAUAAGGGCACGAGAAAAACUGAACUACUUUUACCUCACAUCUCUUUUGUUACCUUUUCCCAUUCAAUUCAACACCUUACUAUAUAGUUUACACGAGAAAUACAACAUGUCUUAUUAUAAACAUGCACCUUUUGUUAUCCUUCAGACAAAACCCACAAAAUUCUAAUGUUUUUCAAGCAUCUACUGAUCAUUACAUAUAAUUACAUCCAAUACUUGCUAUACUUAAAGAAUCCCAUUAGAAAAGUUCACACUAUUUGUUCAAACAUUUUUUUUCCUUAAAUUUUUCACAUCUUUCAUGGUUUCCACCAACUUGAUUUCUCUUAUUCGACGUAAGAUUAUGCAAUUAUCCGAUGUAUUAAGUGGAAAACUAUGCAAAUCAUUGUUAAUUUCAGGACUAAUCCUCUAUGUUAUCUACAUUUUGCUAUCUAACCAUCCAUGUUGCCGCUCUAUCACUAUGUUCAAUAACUUGAUGAGGUUUCAAGUUGAAAAUCAAGAUGAUUCUCCCACCAAUAUUAGCCAUCUAGUAUUCGGAAUAACAAGCUCGUCUAGAACCUGGAAGAACAGAAUAUCUUACGUUGAGUCCUGGUGGAGACCAAACAUAACACGAGGAUUCGUGUUCCUCGAAAAUUUACCAAAAGAAUUGCUUCUGUGGCCUAAUUCUUCUUGUCCUCCUUUUAAGGUCUCGGAAGACACCUCGAGAUACAAAAUUUACGAUAAGCAUCCGAUCCAACAAACCAUACGAAUGGCUCGUGUUGUAGCCGAGACAUUCAAGAUGGAAAAUAAGAGUGCAAGGUGGUAUAUUAUGGCUGAUGAUGACACUGUUUUUUUCCUAGAUAAUUUGGUUGAGGUAUUGUCUAAGUACGACCAUAGGAAGUAUUUUUAUGUUGGGAUGAAUUCAGAAACUCAUUCAUCAAAUGUUAUUCACUCAUUUAAUAUGGCUUUUGGUGGAGGUGGAUAUGCUUUUAGUUAUGCACUUGUGGAGGCAAUGGUAGAGAAUUUGGACAUUUGUAUCAAAAGGUAUACAACUUUUUAUGGAGGUGACCAUAUUUUGCAGUCAUGUGUGGCUGAUUUAGGUGUCUCUCUCACUCAAGAAAAGGGCUUCCAUCAGAUGGACCUGCAUGGUGACAUAUCUGGCUUUCUAUCAGCACAUCCACAAUCUCCUUUAAUUUCCCUUCACCACCUUGAUUUUGUAGACCCUAUAUUUCCCUUAAUGAACCGUGCUCAAUCACUAAACCAUUUCAUGAAAGUUGCAAAAGGGGGUGACCAAUCAAGACUCCUACAACAAAGCAUUUGUUAUCACAAACCCAAAAAUUGGACAUUUUCAAUAUCAUGGGGUUACUCUAUUCAAAUUUAUGAGUCCAUUUUUCCUCCAAGUUUCAUACAAAUACCUUUACAAACUUUUAUUCCAUGGAGCAAAAUGUUUAGACCUUUCUUUGUUAUUAACACUAGGCUGCUUUCUAAUAAUCCUUGUGAAGCACCACAUAUGCUUUUCUUUGAGUCCAUGAAGAAAGUGAGCGGUGGAAAUUCUCAUUUGCUUACAAAUUAUACAAGGAGAUAUCCGAGAAAGUUGCCUCCUUGUUCAUCAAGUGGCAAUCACUCUGCAAAUCACAUUUCAGAAAUCCAUGUCCUCUCUCCCAUGAAGAAGCUUGAUUGGGUGGGUAGUAGAAGAGAGUGUUGUGAUGUUAUAUACAGGGCAGAAAUGAGUGUUACAGAAAUCAAACUUAGAGACUGCAUGCUGGAUGAAAUUAUUCCAUGAUUGUCAAGACUAUGGCAGAGAUUUU